AUGUGGACUCCAAGAAGUUUUGGUCAGGAUUCUUCUCGAAAGCAUGUGGUUGCCCCUAAGGGUUCAUCACAACCUAAGACGGGAGGAUCACCAGAUCACUCAAAGGGAUCUUUUGCUAAUGUGAUGAGAGGUGGAAUUGUGCAGAAUAACAACCUAAAUGGCUCUUUGGUGUUGGAGGGGAAAGAAAUCUCAAAUGAUUUGGCUUUGAAGCCAUCUGUCUUUUGUCAGGUGAAGAAUGUGAAGCUUAUUCCUAAACUUUUGGUGUUAUUGAAAGAAGAAGGUUUUCAUGAGAUACAACUUAGAUAUUUGGGAGGUGACUGGGUAUAUGUGGUGUUUGAUUCAGAGUUAGUUUGUUCGAAAUCUAAGAAGGUUGCUGCUCUUCGAGCUUAUUUCUCUAACUUUCGCCCGGUGGUAAAUGGUUUUAAAGUAUUGGAAAGGGUAAUUUGGAUUGAAAUCCUUGGGUUACCUUGUUGUGCUUGGAAUAAUGUUGAUGUGUCUAAACUGGCGGGUCGUUGGGGUGAUGUAUGUUUUUUGGAAGACGAUAUUCAAGCACCAUUGGCAGUUAAAAGAAUUUGUAUUAAGACUCUUAAACCUUCUCUAAUUCAUGACAAGAUUAGUGUGGUGGUCCUAGGGAUUUCAUACGAGCUUGUUGUUAGAGAAUUAGCUAAUUGGGAACCUGAUAUUGUGUGUAAUGAUGAUAUAUUGGACCGUGAAAUGCCUAAUCUCUCAGGUGAUUCAGAUAAUGAGGAACUUGAAUGUGAUGUUAAUGAUGGUGAGUACACUCUUGUUGGAAAUAAUCAAGAUAAUGUUGAUGAAUUCCUCCAUGAUUUUUCGAAUGACAAGGAAAGAGGAGCGGGAUUUGUGGAUAGAAGGGGUCGUUUUUUUUCAAACAAAUUGUAA